GUCAAUUUACUAAGCUUUCAUCAACUUGGUUCUUUCUUCCAUUACUGUAACUGUUCCAUUGGUUUUAGGUAGCUAUGAAUGCUCUUGCAGCCACCAACCGCAACUUUCGCCAUGCAGCUCGCAUUCUUGGCUUGGAUUCUAAGCUUGAAAAGAGCCUCUUGAUCCCCUUUAGAGAGAUCAAAGUUGAGUGCACAAUUCCUAGAGAUGAUGGUUCUCUUGUAUCCUUCGUUGGAUUUAGAAUCCAGCAUGACAACGCUCGUGGACCGAUGAAGGGUGGAAUACGCUACCACCCUGAGGUUGACCCGGAUGAGGUAAACGCUUUGGCUCAAUUAAUGACAUGGAAGACAGCUGUAGCUGCCAUUCCAUAUGGCGGAGCAAAGGGAGGGAUCGGCUGCAAUCCAAGAGAGUUGAGCAUAAGCGAGUUAGAACGUCUCACCCGUGUUUUCACUCAAAAGAUCCAUGAUCUUAUUGGAAUUCAUAGGGAUGUUCCAGCCCCUGACAUGGGGACUAAUUCACAGACAAUGGCAUGGAUCCUGGAUGAAUACUCAAAAUUUAAUGGGCACUCACCAGCAGUUGUGACUGGAAAGCCAAUUGAUCUUGGAGGAUCACUGGGUCGGGAAGCGGCAACUGGACUGGGAGUGGUCUUUGCAACAGAAGCUUUACUGGCUGAGUAUGGAAAAUCAAUUUCAGAAAUGAAGUUUGCUAUCCAGGGGUUUGGCAAUGUGGGUUCCUGGGCAGCAAAGUUCAUCCAUGAAAAAGGCGGUAAGGUUGUUGCAGUGAGUGACAUCACAGGUGCAGUUAAGAAUCCAAAUGGAAUUGAUAUUCCAGCUCUGAUGAAACACAAAGAGGGAACUGAAAGCCUGAAGAAUUUUGAAGGUGGGGAUGCUAUGGAUCCAAAUGACUUGCUUGUACAUGAAUGCGACGUUCUGAUCCCAUGCGCCUUAGGUGGAGUUCUCAACAAGGGAAAUGCUGGUGAUGUGAAGGCAAAGUUCAUAAUAGAAGCAGCCAACCACCCCACUGACCCUGAAGCCGAUGAGAUUUUGUCCAAGAAGGGAGUCCUUGUACUCCCUGACAUUUAUGCAAAUUCCGGUGGUGUGACUGUGAGUUACUUUGAAUGGGUUCAGAACAUUCAAGGAUUCAUGUGGGAAGAAGAGAAAGUGAACUGUGAGCUGAAGAGGUACAUGAUGAAAGCUUUCCUUGACAUCAAGGCAAUGUGCCAAAUUUACAACUGCAACUUGCGGAUGGGCGCCUUCACUCUGGGAGUGAACAGAGUUGCGCGUGCUACUCUGCUGAGGGGGUGGGAAGCAUGAAUGAAUCUUCCAUUUGAUCCUUUCUGUUGUCAAAUAUAGUUUCUGUUUUAAACUUUAUUUUCUUCAGCCACAGAAUUCAGUAAUGCUUAUA